AUGAGAAGAGCCUUCUCCUGUAUCGAUCCACUGAUGCAGAGAGAGGAGGCCGAUGUUAGCUCGGAUUGCAGCAGCGGAUGCCAAUCUGGUUGGACCGACUACUUGGACAAGUCCUGCGGUGAGUGCCCUCAGCCUCUCGUCUGCGGCAAAGGUGGUUCCUUUGAGGAAGAGGAGGAGGACCUGUCCAUGGUCUCCGAUGCGUCCUCCGGGCCUCCACAUUUUCCCGAGGAGGACGAGCAUUCCUGCGGCUAUCUUCGCUCCAGCACUUGCUUUCAUGCCGGCGGCUGCCUCUGCUCUGCCUUGACUCCAGCUGCUGGAUUGGCCGCGGGCGGUGCCAAGAAGAGGAGAGUCGAACCAGAGCAGCAGAGACAACGUUCUUCUCUGUUGGAUGACACCGCCAGUUCGCCUCUGUUCAGCUUCUCCAAGGCAUGCUAUAUUCCUGAUCCUUACUCUCCAUCAUCUGAUUUCAAUCCGCUGCUCAGCUUCAACGAAGCCAUUUCGGAGUUCUCUUGUGGCUUUAAGAGAAAUCUCCAACUGGAGAAGCAAAUGGGCCACCUUCAAUCCUCUGUUCCGGAGACCAGUUGAGUGAUCUCCAUAACCUACAUUCCUUGCUGCGAUUCUGUUCCUCGACUCAUUCUUCCUUUUUGUCCGUUUGGUGUCAGUAGACAUCAAGAAAAGUAGGUGGGAAGAAGAUUUGGUGAUCGACUCAUCCGAAGCAGAAACGUGUGGAUGGAUCUUUGAAGUUCUCAAAAGAGAUCAACUUUAAUCUUCUACUGUACCUCUCUCUCUCUCGCCUCUGUUAUUUUCCUUGUGGCAAGUCAAUGCAGUGGGAAGGAAGCGAUCGACCUCUGCAACAGAGAAGAGAAGAAAUAAUUACUUACUCUUCAGCAUUCUUCUUCUUUU